UUUAUUUUCCCCGAAAGCGGGACGAGUGGGAACAACGGCGCCCCCGGUGCGUCGGCUCGCUCCGCUCCUGUCAAACGAAGAGAGAGAGAGAGACUGCGCGCGCACGAGAAAGAGAGACGGGAGUUCCGCGCCGUAAAUUGGAGAAGGACGCGACUAGAGAGGUGUCCGCACACAACACACCAACCACAACGAGUAUCAACCAGCUGGUUGGCAAGGGAGCCGCGAGCAGUCGCCAGUGAGACGCGGCACCCCGCGUGUGUCACUUGUUCAUUCACUCAUCCGCUCGGUUCGUUCGUUCGUUCGUUCGUUCGUCCGUCCAUCCUGUGCAACGUCGUACGUCGUCCGCGGGUAUAUAUCCUCCUCCUCUUCUUCUUCACCACCUCUAUAUCUUCCUCAACCUAUAUAUCCAGUUUGUUGCCAUCGCCUCCUCGCGGGAAGGACAGGACGACGAGCGGAUUCUGGUUCUGUCAAUUUUGACAGCUAUCUAUAUCUCGCGUCUAUUCCGCGCCUGGCACCUCGUUCUCGGAGGUUGAGCUGGUCCCCUAACAUCGUCUGCUGGUGCCUCCUACUUCCUCACGUUCCCUCACAUCGUUCGUCUCUCUUUACCUUUCUGGCCUUCCUCUCCUUCUUCCUUCUCUUCCCCCACUUUUUCUUCCACCGAUCAGUACAAGUGUGCACGGUGCGUGUUGUGUGUGUGCAAUCUACACGUUCUCUCCCCUCGGUGUGUUGUGUGGCAGUGUGUGUGUCACGAGCGAAGCAAGAUGGCCGCCGACUCAGGAAUGGAGACGUGUCCCUCCCCGGAGAUUGCGGACUCCAGGAAGCGGCCGCUCGACUGCGACGCGGAAAACGGCGCCACCAAGAGGUCGCACUACGGAUCAGGAGGAGAUGGAACGUAUCAUCUUAAAGUAUUGGUUCCCGGUGUGGCGGCCGGGGCCAUUAUUGGGAAAGGUGGAGACACAAUUGCUCAACUUCAAAAGGAUACAGGGGCAAGGGUGAAGAUGUCUAAAUCGCACGACUUCUAUCCUGGAACUACCGAGAGGGUAUGCCUGAUCACUGGCACCGUAGACGCCAUAAUGGAAGUUAUGGAGUUUAUCAUGGAUAAAAUUCGCGAGAAACCUGAUCUUACCUCGAAAACUACAGUGGACUUUGACUCUGGUAAAGCCACUGCGGAGAGAGACAAGCAGGUCAAAAUUUUAGUACCUAAUAGCACCGCGGGAAUGAUAAUAGGAAAAGCCGGGAAUUACAUUAAGCAAAUUAAGGAAGAAUCCGGCUCGUACGUCCAAAUAAGUCAGAAGGCUAAAGAUCUGUCUCUGCAAGAGCGAUGUAUAACGGUGAUCGGUGAGAAAGAGAAUAAUCACAGGGCGUUACAUAUGAUCUUAGCGAAAGUAGCGGAUGAUCCGCAAAGCGGUACCUGUCUUAAUGUCAGCUAUGCGGACGUAAGUGGCCCAGUUGCCAACUAUAAUCCAACAGGCAGUCCUUACGCUCAAGCUCCCACAAGCACUCCCACGUAUACAUCUACACCUGGUCUCAAUACAGUGAGUCUGUUGAACGGUGCUGGUUUGAGUCUUAACUUGAAUCUGGGCGCGGCCAUUACAGCGGGCACGGCGCCGGUGACGACGCAGCUGUUGGAACAUAUAAAACUGAAUCUACGUACGACAGGUUUCUCCGAGCCGGCGGCAACGGAGAUACUCGCCGCGAUCGCGACUCUCGCCAAGUACAACAUCCUCGGGAUGGGGAUAGGAAUGCCGUCGAGUAUGAGCUACCUGGGCAAUCCGAUGGACAGCACGACGACCGCGAAUGGGUCGAACAACAACGGCGGCGUGUUCGGGCCGAUCGGGACCGUGCCUGCCCUCGGAUCGACCUCACCGACGCCGCGCAAUGCCCUUGAUCGAUACGAGUCGUUCGAUCAAGGGUUGUUCCGACAGAACAACACCGCCGCCAGCGCGAUACAUCUGAACAACAAUUCGUUUGGCCUGGGCACUAACCAGUUACCACUUGUAAAGUAAAGCGCAUGCGACCGCAAAGUUCGGCCAAGACGAGGGAGAGAUCAAGGGAGGAAAAAGGACAGCUUCUCGUCAAGCAGGGCGCACGAAAAAUAAAGUUAACACAUACACACAUACACACACACACACACACAUAUACACACAUAGAGUUGUUAAGUCCGUAUAUGUUUGUUUUUUUCGAUGACGACGAGAGAGAUUCAGGACCCUUUGUAAAUGUGAAAUGCGUUAAACGCGCGCAAGACAAAUCUCCAUAUGCGAUAUAUACUCCGGGUAAGAAAAAUCAAACGAGAAACACGCAAAAAAAAAGAAAAAAAACAUGGAUUAUAGAGGCCAUAGCGCGAUCAGCCAGUCUAACAAUAAGUAUUCUCCUUAUAGUGUAAUGUUGAUUUGUAAAGAGUAUAUACCGCCUGUUAUAACGUUUUAGUGAUCGUAUAUGAUUCUUGUAGAGAGUUUGCGGCGUAGAAAGUGUUAUUUUAAAUAUCAAAGGUGUCUCUCUUCGAAAUACGCUUAUCCGAUACAGCGAAAAACAUCUUCUCGGUUAACAACAAAGUGCUAAGUAUAUAAUAUAUAUAUAUAUAUUUUUUUUUUUUUUUUACGAUUCGGGAUUAAGGGGGAAAAAGUUAACGGAGUAAGAGUAUUCUAAGACACAUUUCUGAGAAGAGAAGAGACUAUUGACGAACCCGCUCUGUAAAAUUAAGAUUAAGAUUGUCAUUCCUCAUACUCGUGGUAUCUCGAAGACGUACACCCUUGUCACUAUAUUAAAAUAACACUUUCGUUAAUAAACUUUCCUGGUGUCGUUCAACGACUCAUGUGCGUGUACAUGCAUUAGUACGUGUAUAUAUAUAUACAUACAUAUAUCUAUCUUCAACGUAUUACGUAAUAAUACUGAGAUAUAUAACGGUGGCAUCAACAAUUCCGGGUGCGAAGUUGUGCGAAUCAACAUUUCGAGUGGAGAUCACCUUGUCGCUAAAUAUUAAAUGACGAUGAUCGACGUGUCUCUCGCAAUAUAUCGAAUGUAUAUUAUAGUAGAAUGUUAUAUUGGCGACAGGAUUAUCGAUUACAAUGUGUGCAAUGAUGUUGAUUCGCGCAAGGGAUCUCUUCUCACCCUUUCCGAUCGCGAUCAAACGCUGUUUCCUUCAAUUUCUCUCUCAGAAUUCGGUUGUCAUUGAAGAAAAAUUAUGGAAUUUUUUUUUUUUUUUUUUGUGAGAGAUUGGCGUAUAAAUAUUCUCUCCGGAGAGGAGGGCAACUCCGCAGGAUCGAAUCGGAAAGGGACGAAGGUGUGUCGUGGCGUCGAGGAUUUUCCAAGAGGAACGACGACGAUGCAUCCGCGCACGAAGUGGCAAAGCAGUAUUGAUCGGCCAGUCAAUGUUACCUACGAGUUGUUUAACGCGAGAGGACAUGCAUACCGUUUUGCAAUAGACCCCAUCAGACAUUCGUCAUCGAAACCCCAAUUUCCCACCCAGCCCUUUCCACCUCCUUGCUAGAAGAAUCUUUUAUUUUUUCAUACAGCGCUUUGUUUUGUACAGUUUAAGAUAUAUUUCUUCGUUUCUACUCGCCAAGAGAACCCGCGGUGCGUCGUCAGUCGAUAUAGGACAGUUAGGCGCAUAGACGUGUGUAGCUAGUUUCUUAAAUCUCUUACGAAAUAUUAAUAUAACAAAUUAUAAAGAGCAUAAACGAUGAGAGAUGCGAGCCUGUCCGAGACGAAAGAGAGAUGAUUAUAAUGAUUCUACGUAUAUGUAAAUAUAUAUAUACGUGUAAAAUUCUUUCGCACGAAGAUACUAGAGGACAGAGGAAGAAAGAGAGAAGGUUGAGUUACGUACAACUCUUAUAGGAAAGAAUGGAAGAAAGAGAAAAUCCGCGAGGAAGAGAGGUGUAGCGUAGUAAUCAGGGAACUGUAGGAAUUGCAUUGACUCGCCUCAAUUCUAAUUACGACUAUUAUUAACAGUAACUAUAUUAAAUGAAUCUUCGACACUCCGUCGCCGCGCGAUUAAAGGGUGACUUCGCGUGUCACGUUACUUGGCUGUGUGUGCUAGGCUACAUCGUAAAGAUCAUGUUCCACAUCGUACUUUCUCUCAUUAAUCGCAUUGAUCCUCCAUUUUAAGAUCCGACGAUACGUGAAGACAAAAGGGAAAAAAAAGAAGGAGAGAAAACAGGAGAGCAAAAAAGAGGCAGAAAGUGAUAUUCGAAAAUCGCGUUUUAUGCCAAGAGAGUUUAAAAUAAUAAUAAUAAUGGUAAUAUUAAUCUGCUGCAUGUCACUCCACAUCCUUUAGUGCCAUAUCGAACUUUUCCUCCCCCUUUUCUCCCCCUCCCCCUCCUCUCUUUCCAAUUCAUCAGCCACCACACUUGUUAACGUUUGACAGUAGAACGUGUUGUUAAAGAUGUGUAUAUCCUGCACGCGACAGGCAGGCCGUUUUCAAUUAAGAGUCGGACAUUUAUUUCCCAUUAAUACGCUAAAUAUAUAUAUAUAAUAUAUAUCGUUA